UCAUGUGGGCUGCUAUAAUAUAUGUUAAUGUUGGGAAGCAGGGUUUCUUCUGCCUUCUACCAGUAUCUUUCUCUCUCCUUGGGUUUUGUGGCAGUUAUGUUAGUUGAUUUAUUCAGAUUAAUCAUUCACUGAAUUGUUGCUUUUUUUCUUAUAGAGUAGCUCCUUUUUACUUGGGUGUACCGGAAAUAUGAUGAAGAAGCACGUUGUUGGCUUCAAAUGCCCCACAACUGCAGCCUGUAAACAUCUGUGGCGAUGUGCUGUGGAACAGCAAGCUUUCUUUACCCUUCCUUCAGCUUCCCAAGCUCCCAAAGUUUAUUCUGGGGGAGGACUAUUCAGGAGAGGAUCCAAAUUCAGAUUCAGUGGGCGUUCUCAAAGAGAGGUGCUUGCAGAUAGUGAAAACAUCAAAAGAGAUAGCCCCACUUUCAGUAGGUCAUCUUCCAAUCCAAUAAUUGUUAGGAACCACAGCAAGAAACAGCAGAAGGAGAACACGUUACCUAUUAACUUUACUCUGAGUGCUGAUGCUUCAGGUGAUAAAGCAGAUGAGUCUCGCGACGCAUCCAGUCCCGCCACCGUUUCUGAGUCUGUGGACAUCACUUUGGACUCCACAUUACCAAAUCAGACAGAGGUGACCAUAACCAGUGAAAACAGCCCCUAUGAACCAGAUGAGACCAUAGUUGAGGGAUCCUCUGAUGUCCAAGACGCUUCUCCACCAAACGACCUACUGGAGACAAAAAUACGGGAUGCAGAGAAGGAGCUUGAAGAGCUGCGGAACCCACCCGUCUGCAGCACACCCAACCACUUAAAUGAGGUGGACAGGGAGUCAGAAACAUCCUCAGUUGAAGGAGAACCAGCCGUUGUGGAAGAAAACAUCCAUGAGAAAAAUAAUGGGAAACUGACCAAUACAGAGCUCCCCAAGGAUGUGGUGCCAGCACCACCUGCAGAGAGGUCUGGGACAGCCACAUGUUGCAGAUACUUGACUGUCAGUUUUGUGUUGACUUUUCUGCUGCUAUUUGCAGCUGUAGUGUUCAUCAUGGAGGCCAGUGUUGAGAGUGAGUUGCUAACGGAGAUCAAAAGCCGAGAAGAAGUGAUUGAUUUCAGAGUGCAGUACUACGAUCCUGCUAAGGCCUAUGUGGUCAGCUUGGCUGAAAAGGGCCUUGCAUAUUUCCAGUCCUAGGCUCAGCCCGUAAAACUGUGAGGAGCGUUAAAACCAAAUGGUUUGGCAGUGAGUUCACAUUACCAUAGCUGGAAUAUACAUUUUCAAAUAGACAAUUUAAAGAUAAAACAACAAUUGUGACCAAUGCAUCUAUACUUUGUAGCAUCUUAAUAGACUAUUUUGACAUGUAAUUUUAAUAUCUGAUGUUUAGUAUAAAGAAUGACAUGAGAUUCAUAUGAUAUACACGUACUAUUGUAUACCUUUAUUAUGUUUCUCUUUUAAAAUAAGCUAAAAGGAGCUUUUAACCAGCAGCUCACUGCCUUAGACAGUUUAAUUGUCUUGGUAGUAGGUUUCGUAUUGCUGAACCAUGGUCAUUUUCUGCCCUAUAGACAAUUCCUUUUAAUUUGGGAUAAUAUAGAUGUAGUUUCUGAGCUAUUUUGAAGUAUUUCAGGCACAGAAUUCACUAGAAAUUGGUAAAAAUAGGCAGUGCAUUAUUAAUGGUUAAAAUUAGCAUAUCUAGGAAAAUUUUCAUCAUCAUUUUUACUACUUUGAAAUUGCAUUCUUCAAUGAAAUUUUGAACCAAUCAUUGAAACCUAAAGUGCGUUAAAUAAUGGAAUAGAUUGUAGAUAAGGAUAAUACCAGGAACUUGAAGUCCACUUUGUCUGUACACUCUUUUAAUGAUAUUAUCUUCUGGAUCAAAAAUACCAAGUCAUACGGUGACAUAAAUUAUUUUUAAAUAGUUUGUUGUAAUGUUGUGUUCUUUGUGUUAUGGUCUUCGCUUGCACCACAUUCCAAAUAAUAAUUAUUUAGAAAAUGCUCUGAAUUAAAAUGUGGUAAUAUGCCAUCUUAAUAUUUUACACCUGUGUGCAUGCCAGUACGUAUCAAUCAUUAUUUGCAUUUAAAUUUUGGUUUUAUAAGAAUAUUUUUUAUAUUAGCUUUGAUUGUAAUACAUGUAUACAUAUCCUGAUGUUGGAAGCUUAUAAUUCACUUUUCCUUGAUUGCUUUCAAGCUUUGGCUUAAUAAGUAAUGUUAAAGCUAUUUAGAGGCGUAAUUAGAUAACAGAAUGCUAUGCAUGUUAAACUGCAAGUUGUAGCAUGUUUUAAUUUAUUGUGGAAAAUUUUUAGUGAGCUCUGAUCAAAUAUAUAUUCAAGGUUAGUGAAUGAAAAGGAGUUUAGACUGAUCUUAGUGAUUUUUGAUCAAGUUUCUCUAGUAUGUAUGUCCAAAGGAAAAAAAAAAGGCGAACAUGCAAGUUGAAUAUGCUAUCAGGAUUCUUCAUAUUUUAUGGGGUAUAUAGACAGUAAGGGUAAAUGUGGGUUUUGAGAUACUUUUUGGAAUUGUAUAUUGCUUUUUUUUAUUUAUUUAUUUAUUUUUUUUAUUAUUUUUUUUUUUUUAGUUUUGAAAUACCCUUGAAGUUCAGCACAUGCCUUCAGAAGUUAAACAUUUGAAACAUAGCUACAGUUUGGAGUGGAGUUUGCUUUAUGCUAAUGCUUGUUAGCUAUGUACUGGGGGUUCAUGAUGUCAGAACACUUGAUGGAACAAAAAA